AUGUUCAACACCUUCAAGUACGACCCCGAGACCAAGAGCGUCCAAGAGCUCAGGCGGGCCUCAGACCCCGUCUCUGCCCGGUCAAGUCAGCACCAAGCAUGCAAUAACUGCCACGCUAAGAAGCUCAAGUGCAGCGGUGACAAGAGUGGCUGUGAACGCUGCAUCGCCAGCCAGCUCCCCUGCGAAUAUACCCGCUCUCCCUCACGCAGAGGUGGUAGAAAGUCCAGCGGCAGAAAUUCCACUGACAGCCGCGAGUUGGCAGGCGGUGACAGCAGCCCUGGCAGCCAGUCUGGCAAGUCAAGGCAUCGAAGCAGCAAGCACCCCCAAUAUGCCGGGGCUAGCAGCAGCAAGUCCAGGGCCCGGUCUUCCAGGGACGAAUACGGCGAUGCCCUGGACCUUUUGGACCCUGACACUCUCGGUCCUGACGAUGGAUUCGACUUGCGCUCCCUGUCUCUGGACAACAGCGGUGACGCCAUGGCUUCAGAGGGUGGCUAUGGGAGCAGCGCUUAUUACGGCCAGCAGCAGCAUGGCGGAGGAGGCAGCUGGCAGCAUAUGCCCUCCCACGGACAAUAUGGCGAAUACGCGGGCGCGUCCGGCUCCAGUGGUCAAAACUACGACGUUGGAGAGUACUACGGCAACUAUGACGAGUACGGACAGUACCAUGAAAACAACGAUCCCCGAUACUGGGGCGGCCAGCAGCAAUAG